AUGCCGGCAGAGCGACUGAACAACGACGACCACGCGAUCGAUGAGAUCACUUCAUUCAGGACAGCCGCUUUACACGCAUCGGCUGCCACUCAUGUCCUAUCCAGCGUUAUGAGCGAGCCGGGCGCUGCGCCGGGCGAGGCUUCGCGACAUGCCUCGCCCAUACCGACUCACUCACAACACACGAACUCAAACGAAACACAACCUUGCGUACCAUGCGCAACAAGGACAGCCAUUUACUUGAUACAAGACUCGUCUUUCGCAAAAAAUGACAUAUCAAGUCCAAGCCGGACUCAGGACGCAACACUCCAACCCGAUGCACAACCACAACCCCAGGUGUUCGAGCAGCUCACCGACGCGAUAAGCCUACAGACGCUCGCUCUGCAAGAUCGGUACUGGAAAUCAUCGUACAUCUUCUCGCCGAACGGCUUCUCUCAGCCGAUAGAAGUCGAUCAUGUUAAUGGAGAUCCGGAAGCCAAUACACUUGAGGAUGAUCACUCUCACAACCUUGAGCAUCAUCAAUAUACGGUUCCCAUCACCACCGCAGAGCCGCCGUACGUUAAGUCUUCAACAGCACAUAUGGUCGACAUGGAGGACUCUCAGUCAAACCAGACUACCUCUCAGCAUCACACAUCCUCGCCAGAAGCUUUCGUGCCAGACGUUGAGCUCUUCGUCGACACCACAGCCACCAAUGAAGGCCACGAAGAGCCACUAACAUGCACCAUCGCCGUAUCUGCCCGACGCAAAGAACUAUUGUCCGCAGCACCAAGACGCGCUGGCGAUCCUCUGUACUACAGGACGUCCGCACAAGCUGCUUCGCUCUGCCCUCGUGUCGUGCACAAGUCGGCUCGGAUGCGUAAAAGAUACAGGAGCACGUCGAAGAUGACGGCAUUACCAAAGGAUGGUACAAAGGGAAGGGCUGUAGCAGAAGAGCUUGACGCCAGCACCUGUCUCGAUGGCUGA